CUCUUUGAAAUUCAGGCCAUAAGCAUUCUCUCUAGAGGAGAAAAAGAAAAAGAAAAAGGCAAAUUUCCAUAUUAGAUCGAACAGUUUGCCUUCUAUAUCUCAUCCUGUGACAAGUGAUGUUGAAGAUCAUUUACGCAGGUUAAGGUCUUCCGAUGGGACCUCAACAUCAGUAUAUGAAGACUUGGCUAUCCUCAGAGAUUUACAAGAGGGUGUUGCCAGCCUGAUUCAGAUGUCUUCAAUCCAACAAGCCCUCAACACAGAAGGCAGUGAGAAAUGGGCCAAUGAGUUGCUAGAAGAGUCUCUUCGAUUGAUGGAUCUCUGCGGAUUUUCCAGAGACAUUCUGAGUUUAUCUAAGGGAUCCAUUCAAGAGCUUCAAUCCACCAUAAGAAGAAGCAGGGGUGAAUCAUCUCUUGCAGAUGUCCUCAAUGCUUAUAGGACAUCAAGAAAGACUAUCAUAAAAACAGUCAACAAGUUUGUCAAGAACUUCAAUAGCUUAAAAAAAAACAACACUCCAUUCAUGGGCGAAGACUCUGAUAUGAAGGCUGUUUUUGAGAUGCUUAGAGAGACAACAGGUUUUGGAUUUUCAAUCCUAAAGUCUGUCCUCAUGUUUUUGUCUGGUGAGGAUGGUUCAUCAAAGAAUUGAAGUUGGUCGUUGCUUUCAUUGAUCGCUCCCACCAGCCAUGCAAAACAAACCGAAGCUGCUGAUAUGCACAACUUAUUGAAGCAGCUCAAAUCAACAGAAGUGGGCAUCCGAGAAAUUGAAGAGGAAUUGGAUGCAUACUAUAGGACAGUGGUGAAAGCUAGAGUGUAUCUGCUCAAUGUGCUUAACCACUAGAAUUUCCCUGUUACAAAACAGAAGAUUAUAUACUCUGUAGAUAUGUAUACUUGUACAAUGAAUGAGACAUAAAGAAAAUCUUCAAUCUUUAU